ACAUUUAUCAGAUACAGCACAGAAGCGAGUUCCUCUAAGAAGAAUUUCAUGUGCAGCAAAAGAAAUCGCGCAGAUGCUUCGAGGCAAACGAGAUGCAAGCUUAUCGCCGCCAUCUCAACUACGAGACUGGUGUCGGCGAAAUGCACACCAUGCUUCGACGGACCAAUGUGCCUCUGGAAUUGCCAGCUUCCUUGCCGCCGAGCAGCCUGGACAGAUCCAACAAUUUGAUCAGUAUCUGGCAAUCAUACACGAAAUACAAGAUCUAAUGAACCCAGGGCUGCGCAAUUACAUAGAAGUUUUCCUUCUCCUUGAGGGAAUGCCAAAGGAGCGACUGAAGUUGUUUACCAUUUCUACGUGGCUGUGCGUUCUUUUCUGCUACACACAAGGCUGUGUAGAAGAAGAGGUGCUGUACAAAGUGCUAAAGAAAUUGAAGCUGGAUGCGCACAUAGUUCGUCGGGCAGUAGUUUAUUUUAUCUCAUCAGAACAAAAGAUGGACCUAGCAGUUCAGGUAAGUGGCAUUUCCGCACGUCUCCGGUCGGGACGGACGACAACCGAAAAAAAGAGCAACAAAACGGAAGCUGUGGAGGAUCCUUGUUUGGGAUCUUCAUGGCAGCCACUCCUGAAUGAGCUUGGUUGCGAAACUGGGCCCACAAAUCUCAAGACCACACGAGCAGUCUGCGCACCCAAAUCUGGAAAACAAGUGUAUACCUCCACCUGCGCAACAAAGGAAAAUUACCGGAUUUCUAGGGGUGACCACAGCAACUGUUCAGCAGCGGAUAGCAAGCCCGCUGCCGACGAACCCGCUGCUGCCAGUGAAUCUACAUGCACUUCCUGUCUCCCGUUGCAGAAUGCUAAACAAUGCCUGAUGGCCAAAGUGGUUAAGGAGGAAGCGAAUCCGUCCUCGCAUUUGUACCAUAUAAGGAAGCUAGAAAUGGAACCCGGAUCAUGUGCCAGUGUUGAGUUCCCAUCAAAGAAGCGCAGGACUCAAGCACUCAGGUACAAGAUAGAGACACAGAAUUCCACUCCGUGCAAGAAAGAAGAUCCAGGAGAGGGCAGCUUCGUGCCUGGUGCCGACAGCGGCAUGAGCUGCGGUGAAAUGUUGAGGCCGCCUCACAAACGAGACGAUGCCUAUUCGAAAAGAAAGCUCUCUGAGACGCCAUCUCAUGACAGGAAGCAUCAACCACAUCACAACACAAGACGGAUAACAACCGUUCUUGCCGUCAAAGAGGAGGCGAACGCGUAACAGUUGGAAGCACAAACCCACACGCAAUUUAGUGCAGCACUUUUUCCCAGGCGCCCCCCCUUCUAUUGAACUGUAGAAGAGAAUUGGACGGAUGCCCAUUUGCUGGAAACUCAAUAGAUGGAUUCAUAUUGCAAGGCUUCCUCAAUGCGCCAGAUUCCAAGGAUAUGGCCCUGAGCUGAGUCAAUCUAUGUGAAGUGUGUAGUCCUAGUAAAGGAUACACGAUCCGAUUGCAGUGAAGAAGUGGCCUACUUAGUAUUUUUGUGAAGUUAGGGUCUUCAGUGGGUGUGCGACCACUGCAAUGUUUUGUUCAUCAACAUUUUCACAACGGCACUACACACCGAUUAUUAUAUGUCAUUUGCUUGCAGAUUGCAAUAUCGGACUGGCGAACGAAACGACACUGGAGCAAGCGCGACAUUUGUGAUCAGAGGCUGCACUGACUGAUUUCGCCAGUCCGCUAUUUUCCGCAUCACUAAGUGCCAUCACACACAGUCACAUCAUCGCUCUGAAAACUUAUCAAAGUCGAAUUC